AUGGCGCUUAUAAAUGCAAUUGGGAAACAACUCCUUGAUAAAACUAACUUCAUCACACUUCUCCACAAAGUCAAAGCCGUUAUCAAUGAACGACUCAUUACAUACGUAGACAGUGACACAAUAACUGUCAUCAAUCCAAUUGAUUUCUUAAAUCCGGAAUUCCUCAGGAAACGCACCCAAAGAAUCCAUCGUGGUCCACACGGAGAAGUAAGGCGGAGCCGUCAAAUAGGUGAAGCUGUCUUACUUCACGAAGAACACAGACCAAAAGACCUGUGGAAACUAGCUUGCAUUAAAGAGCUCGACCAGUUGUCAGACGGCAAAAUCCAAAUCGAGAAAGUAGUCUUGGCCAAUCAGCAAACACUUACUCGGCCACUUAAUCAUCUCCUUCCACUUGAAGUAACGAAUAAUGGUAGACAAGAUUCAGUGCAACAUUCUCGCAUCGAUGCUCCCGACAUGGAAGAAUCAGAUCAACUGGACAAGGAAAAAGAUCCCGACAUGGAAGAAUCAGAUCAAUUGGACAAGGAAAAAAACUAA